AUGGAUGUUGAUGCCGACGGUGAUCAUGCGAUGCCACUAGCCCCAGCGCCAACGGUAACCCAGCAAGCAACAGCACCGCCGGUGGCCCCAGCAGAGCAAGAGGCAGUGGUUUCAGCGCCAGCAGCUCCGGUGACAGCCCCAGCAGUUCCGGUACCGGUGACCCAGCAGGAUCCGGAGCAAGCCACACCACCCGUGACCACAGCGGGAGCAGCUCCUACUACACUGACCCCGCAGCAAGGACCCGUGACCACAGCGGGAGCAGCUCCUACGACGCUGACCCUGCAGCAAGGACCCGUCACCACUGCGGAAGCAGUUCCUACUACGCUGACCCUGCAGCCGCAGCAAGGACCCGUGACCACAGCAGAAGCAGUUCCUGCUACACUGACCCAGCAGCAAGGACCCGUGACCACAGCAGAAGCAGAUGCCGUGGUACAAAUGCUAGCAAGUCGUAUACACGACCUGAGCCGAGCACUGUCGAACCCGGACCUGAGCCAAAACUUUACACGCGAAGCCAUUCUGCAGAGAUGCAACACCCCGGACUUUGAAGCUUUGGCAAGGUUGAUUUCGACUUCGGAGCCUCCCGCGACGGCCCCAGCAGACCCAGCAGCAGCAUUGGUGCCGGUACCCGCAGUGCAAAGCAAAACCCUGCCUCCUGUACCGACUUGGGCAGCAGCAGCAGCAGUGCAGGCAACACCCACCGAGCCUGUGCAUGCCCCCGAUGUUGACAUGCCGCAAGCACCGCAGGCCCCACAGAUGCAACCGCAGCACCCCUCGCAGGCCCCGCAGACGCAACUGCAGCACCCCUCACAGGCCCCGCAGACGCAACCGCAGCAGCCUUCGAACCCGCAGGCCCCGCAGUGCCCGCAAGUGCCCACACGACAGCAGCAGGAAUCCGACAAGCAGUUGCCACUCACCGACCUCGAGAAAGCCCAGGCACUUGCUCAGAUGUCACCGGAGGAAGUCCAGGCGGAUAUCGACAUCCUGGUGGCUGAGAAGGAGAUUUCACUGUGGGGUGUGGGAUUCCGAGAAGGGGUGGCCUUGGACAUCGACGAAAUCGGCUUCACGUACGAGCGUGAGGCUGAGGCCCCAAACAUGGAAGGUGUGGCGGAUGCGGAUAACGACGGCUCCACAGGGGGCAACUCAGGGAGCGGUCGCAGCAACAAGCCGGAGAAGCAUCGCGAAGCCAAGACUGUCAAAGCAAAGACGACAGAGGCUCUAGCCAAGUCUGCGCUUCAGAUGGCCAACAGCAACAUGCUGGAGAUCAAAGGUGUCAGGACGAAGCUGGACGCCAACAAGGAUUGCAUCUCCAAGGGCCUUAAGGGCAAGGAGCUGGAAGAUCGGAUUCACGAUCUGAGCACCGCCAAUGUCGCAUACAAGGUUGGACGCAACCACGUUCAGCUGCACCUGAAGGCUGCAGCACCCAAGGCCAAGGUUGGAGCCAAAGCGAAAGCCGGAACGCAACCAGCGUACACCGAGUACUACCAUGCAAGUACUGCUGUCCCGGCGGACUCCGAUCCCGGGAACAACACCUACGGCUACCCGUUGGCCACGAACCGCAUGCUGAACUACAGGAACAAGGUCCUCAGCCUCGACAACAAGAACCCCAAGAAGAAGCAUGUGAUAAAGGAGAUUACCCCAGCGGAUGUUAUCAACGUCACGAGCUACCUCAAGAAGACGAACGCGUACUCCGAGUUCUACAAGAACAGAAGAAGCCUUGAGCCCGUCGUGAGCUACGUCGUGCGCACGUGUUUCGAGAAGGAAGUUGCACAGGUCAGUUUGCAGCAUUCUUUUCAGGAAGCGAGCGCUCUCAACAACGACAUCCUUGAGAAGAUCAACGCAGUCGAGAUGGAAAGUGAUCUACACCAAAGAAUCGAAGUUAUCCUGGACUCUGGCGCAGACGACGCACAAGGAAAGGCAAUAAAGACGGAAGGCAGAAGGAUGCUGAACUUAACGUUCUUCGAUGACAACGGAAGCUUUUGUCGCAUUCAGGAAGCCUUCACCGUUGCCUCGGUGAUCAACCCGCUGAUGGCCAUAGGCAAGCUGUUUCGAGAAGGUUGGGAGUUGCGAGUUAACGAAGAAGAAGGUAUGUGUCUUACAGAUGGAAACUCAAGAAUACCAGUGCAUCUCCACAAGAACAGCUUGGCAGCCUACGCCUACGUACAAACUCCUUCAAGAAGCAGAGGUUACAGCAGCAGCAACUACAAGAUGGUUCGCACUGUUGUCCAACUCAACAAGCACGUUCAGGAAGCAGUGAACAAAGAAGAACCUGGUUGGCACAACACUGACAGCAUGGUGACCGUGAAGUAUGCUACUCAAAGCAGCUAUGAGAACCCAUCUCUCAUGUAUAGUCCUACACACUUUCCGUACAGAAGCACUUUGGUGAAAGAAGAGAGAGGAUGGAGAGCAGUCGAAGUUUCGAGAAAGUACUCCGAGAAGGCAGACCCUUUCGAAGAGUUUGGUGAAGGAGAAAAGGAAGUGGUUACAGCCAUUUCAGCAAAGCCAAUUCCACUUUGGAUCCGUGGCACUCCUUACGCAGCUGGAGAUCGAGCGGACCAAGAAAGCCAUGGUCGUGACUACUGGAAGAUGGAUCUUGAGAAGGGAGAAGUUGUUCGUCACCACGUAGUACCAAGAACUGUUUUGUUCGACCCGACAGGUGUUUCCAACUGUCCUGUCCUCCUUGGAGACCUCGAGAACAACAGAUAUACCCAAGGAGACUGCAUCUAUAGUACAGAAAUCUACGAACAUAGCGACGACUGGAGAGCAGACCGCCUACCUCUACGUGAACACUUUCGGUUGCCGUGGUUUGGUCAAACAAGGUUUCGAGUUAAGCCAGGAGUUGUUGAAGACCUGAAGGCAGAAGCUGCAGCAGAGGAGCUAAAGAAGAAGAAAGAAGAACACUACCAAGAGAAGGAAGACUCAGCAGCACCACCAGCAGCGGAAGAGAGCAAAGAUGAUGAGAUGAGAGAAGCACAAGCAGACCAAGAAGCACCACAAGAAGUUGUUGAAGUUUUGGAGGAAAGCUUCUACCACGAAGGCGUCGAGUACACAGCACAAAGAAGCAGUCUCAAGGAGCUACAAGCACUUUGCAGAGAGUACGGAGUCAAGACCACAGGAAGCAAGAAGCAGCUCUUGAAGAGACUCGCCACAGCAGUCAGAGAAGAAAGACUCAGCACGCAACACAAGGAACAACGGGAACACCACCAAGCAUACCACCUAGCACCACCACAGGAACCAACGGAAGAGGAGAGAGCGUACCACAACUUGACGCACCUUCCGUAUCAGCCUUGGUGUCCCCAUUGCGUUGCUAUGAAAGCACGAGAAGACAACCACAAGAAAGGAAGUGAAGAGCCACCUGCAGUGACUCUUGUCGCUGUGGACAGCUGGAGUAAGGCAGUCUUGGCAGUGCCCUGCAAGAGGAAGAACGUGAACAGCUCGAGAACGACGAGGUUGAUGAUGACACCCUUUUGGAGGAACUCAGAGCAGGUGAACCACUCACAGCCUCAGCAGAAGCACUUGCAGCACCAGCUGAACCAAGUCAACAGAGCAGAGGAAACAGACGGUUACCUCAACAUGCCUCACGAUGAUGAAGUCUACGAAGCAGAUGAUGAGUUUUUGUACGAGUCGGAAGAAGAAGAAGAGGAGACAGAGAGUGAACCAACGGAAGUUUUUACCAAGGUCCCUGUCGAGUUCUUCGACGAGGAGAAAGGACCACCGAAUGUGGAUCCAGAUUUUCUUCAGAAGUUGGAUGAUGAAGCUACAGUCAAAGAAAUCAAGAGGUUAACAAAGAUGGGAGUUAUUUCUUUGGUUUCUACGGACCCUCAAGAAGCAACUGAGAACGUACCUCUGGUAGACUCAGAACAAGAACUUCACAAGUGGUUGACAACGAAGUUGGUGAAAGAUUGGAGGUUCAGAGAAGCUACAGGUUUUGAAGUUGACGAAGCCACAGCAGGAACAACAAAGCCCAAGCAGAUUCAAAGAAUUACGAAACUGGUACCCAUGUUGGCUCUCGCCAACAAUUGGGCGAUCUACAGUGUCGACGUGAAGGUGAACUACGACGUGGACUCCUUCGACGAGGCAAAGAAAGAAGUGACAGAGAAGGCAGAGAAGUUGAAGAAAGUUGAGGAAAGCCUGGAGAAGGAAAAGGAGGAGCUCGGAAACCAGAAGGCGGAGUUUGAGGAAACAGUGAAAAGGUUUUUGAAGAAGCAGAAGGAGGCCUUAAGCGAGAAGGAGACAGCCCUUGAAGAAGCUGAGGAGAACGUCAAAGCAAAGGAAGCAGAGGAAAGAACCGUCGGCUACGACCAAGAGAGAGAAGAGUACGCCAAGAAGUACGUGGACGACGUAAAGAAGGACUUGGAGAGAGAGCUUAAAGUGCUAAAGCAAGAAGAGAAAGUAAGGAACCAAAAGCUCGACGACCUCCAGUACGACUACAAGAGCCUCAAGGACGACUACCAGUACUUCAAAACUUACUCGCAGGAAGUGGACGCACUUCUACUUGCAGCUAAGGACAGGAUCGUGAAGUACAAGAAGAAGGUCAAAAGCCUCAAGGAAACCAUAGGUGCAGUCUUGUCUGGAAGUGAAGGUGAAGAAGAGACAGACGAAGCGUACAAGACCAAAGCAGAGGAAGAGAAAGAGAAAGCAGAGGCUAAGGCAAAAGAAGAAGAGAAGAAGAAAGGAAAGAAGCCAAAGCAGGUAGAGACAGAAGACCCAGAAGAGAAGCCCUCAAGCAACCAAGGAGACGAGAACACCUUCGACCCGAACGACAUAGCCGAGUUCACGCAGCUUGGCUACGUGUGGGAGUUCAACAAGAAGACGCAAGAGUACCGCGCGAAGAGCGAGGACAAGAAAGGAAGCACAAGAAUCAAGAACGCUCCGGUGAAAGGCCGCCUCCUUUGGAACAAGGUGACGGAGUGCUACAGAAGGCACAACGUUUGGUUUACGGACGGAAAGGAAUUGGAUAAAUUCCUCGAGACCAAGGAGAAUGAGAAGAUCGAGGAAGAGGUGCAGCGACGCAUCCACGCGAAGGGCAAGUACGACAACCAAGGAACGAAGGGAAAAGGCCCUUCCUGGGACGACGGACAGAACGACAGUUGGUGGUACAACGAGCAGUGGAACAACGAGAACUGGAACACCACCGACGACGGCAGCAACUGGUACGAGAACGCGAACCCACAGAACAAAGGCUACUGGCAGACGCCAGAAGAGUGGGCGCAGCAGAACCAGUGGGAGCAGUGGACACCCAAAGGAAAGAGCAAAGGCAAGAAGUCCAAGAACUGGGUACAGACCCAGUGA